UCUGGGUAAGCAUUUUCUCACAACUUUCUGCCCCACUUUUCCUUAAAAUUCCAGAAGAUUUGAUUUCUUCAUCAUCUUUAACCAAUUGUGCAAUUCUUACAUACAAGUACUAAACAAGCUUUGAAAUAUUUCAUCUUUUGGAACAUAUAUUAUUUUUAGCAUAAAGUUUUUAUAUCAAAUCUUUGCUCCUUUUUAGUACCUAACCCCAACUUAUUGACUUAUUUAAGGAUACCCUCUUUUGUUCUGAUCUUCACUCCCAGAUUUGAGAGCAACAUGAUUAUUGCAACAACAGUUUGGUCAACCUGAUACCGGCAUUUGGCAUCCAGAAAACUAGUCUUUAUACGAAGUAUACAAUAAGAAUUUGCACUUGGGAUAAUAGUUGAGAACCUUGAUAAUUAGUUUGGUCAGAAAAUAUGUCUACGGCAUAUGGAACUCCGAGGCUAUAUGCACUACAAGGAAGUGGUAAAAGUUCUGGUUUGUCAACUCAGUUAUACGGCUCUGAAAAACACAAUGUAAAGUACAUGACAGAAACUUUCAACAGCCCGAGUUAUGACCCGCAGUUUUUCCUUGAUUCACCCUCAGAAGAGAUAAUCCACCCACCCAGCUCUACUUCAAACCAGUUCGACUCCUCUUACCAAACAAACUACGAACUGGAUUACUUCAUCUGUCAAAGUCCAGAACCAAUCGAAUAUGAUGAAGGAAUGAUAAAGCUGAAGCUUCAAGAAUUGGAGCAUGCGCUCCUCGAUGAUGAUGAGGAAGACGGAGUAGAUGAGGUUGUUAUUGGGCCUGAGCAGCCCAACAACAUGGAGAUAGAUGAAGAUUGGGCCGGGUCGUUAAGAAGUAUGAUGGUCUAUGACUCCCCGAAAGAGUCCACUUCCUCUGAAUCUUCCAACUUAAGCAGCAUUAGCAACAAGGAUGAAGCGUUGCCGUUACCUUCUUCUCGUAGUACUAAACAGUUGCUGUUUGAUUGUGCUGCUAUAAUUUCAGAGGGAAAAUUUGAACAAGCUGCAUCAAUGAUCAAUGAGCUUAGACAGGUGGUUUCAAUCCAAGGGGACCCACCACAGAGGAUUGCAGCCUACAUGGUAGAAGGCCUUGCUGCUCGGUUAGCUUCAUCGGGGAAAGUUCUUUAUAAAGCUUUGAGAUGUAAAGAGCCACCUUCUUUCGAAAAGCUUGCAGCGAUGCAAGUUUUGUUCGAGGUAUGUCCGUGUUUCAAGUUUGGAUUUAUGGCAGCAAAUGAGGCAAUUAUGGAAGCAAUUAAGUAUGAAAAAAAGGUACAUAUUAUUGAUUUUGACAUUAAUCAAGGAAAUCAAUACAUUAACCUCAUACGAUCCCUUGCUAAGGUUCGUGGGAAAUCAAUUCAUUUGAGAUUAACCGGGGUUGAUGAUCCCGAAUCUGUUCAACGCCCAAUUGGUGGCCUUAAAAACAUAGGGCAAAGACUUGAGGUAUUAGCUGAACUUGAAGGGUUACCCUUUGAGUUUAAAGCAUUACCAACAAGAACACCACUUGUUACCCCAGAAAUGUUGGAUUACAGAGAAGGUGAAGAAGCCCUAGUGGUGAAUUUCGCUUUCUUACUACACCACAUGCCCGAUGAAAGUGUCUCAACGAUCAAUCUUCGUGACCAGCUUCUUCGAAUGGUUAAAAGCUUAAACCCGAAACUAGUAACCAUUGUUGAACAAGAUGUGAACACGAACACAACCCCUUUUCUUCCUAGGUUUUUCGAGGCUUAUAGUUAUUACUCUGCUGUUUUUGAGUCACUCGAUGCUACUCUCCCUAGAGAAAGCCAGGAAAGGAUCAAUGUCGAGAAACAGUGUUUGGCACGUGAUAUUGUGAACGUUGUUGCUUGUGAAGGAGAAGAGAGGGUUGAACGCUACGAAGUGGCGGGGAAAUGGAGGGCGAGGAUGGAAAUGGCGGGGUUCAGAUCAUGUCCGAUGAAGCAAAACGUGAGUGAGAUGAUUCGAGGGCUUAUUGUUUCGCAGUAUUGUGACAGGUUCAAGUUGAAUGAGGAAAUGGACGCGCUUCUUUUUGCGUGGGAAGAUAAAAGCUUGGUUGUUGCAUCAGCUUGGAAGUGAAGUGAUGAUCAAAAUCUGGUUUGAGUUGUUCUUUAAUUUCCUAACAGAAAGACUUGAGGUGUUGGUGUAAUUUAUGGGAUUAGAAAUAAGAGUUUGUAAAUUAUGUUGUGAUCUUUUGUUUUUUUUAGUGAACUGCAUAUUGUGGACUUAUCUGAGGCGCGAACUGUGAAGUGCCUUUUGUUUUUGUGCAGUUCAUUAUGAACAGAAAUUGUUUUAGGUUGUCCAAUUUGCUGACUUUACCUGAGUCAUAUUUUCUUCUUUCCAAUCUUAUGUUGACUGCAUUACCAGA